AUGGUACUUCUCAGUACCACUUCCAAAUCAAGAGGCUUACCCAACUCACAUCCGAAUUUGCUUCCGGAUCCACACAAACACACAUCCGCAGACCCCGUCAAGACCCCCGACAUCCAAAAUGACCAAGCGCACGAGAAAAGUUGGCGUUACUGGAAAGUACGGAACGGCAAGUUUCGGCGUUAUGGUGCUUCCCUGCGUAAGCAAGUGAAGAAGAUGGAGGUCACUCAACACGCUCGCUACACCUGCACUUUCUGCGGAAAGGACUCGGUCAAGCGCACCGCUGUUGGUAUCUGGAACUGCCGCUCGUGCAAGAAGGUGAUUGCUGGCGGUGCAUGGACUGUUUCGACCACUGCUGCGGCGACUGUCCGAAGUACCAUUCGUCGUCUGCGCGAGCUUACUGAGGCAUAA